GGCAUUGAGUCAGCGGAAGUCAAAGUAACGGCGAGGGAGGAAAGAAGGAGGAAGCCAGGAAGCCGCCUGUCUGCCAGUGACAGCCCACAUCAGAGAAAAGCGCUGCAGAAAUAAUUUUAAAAAAGGAUUUGAGCGCGAACGCUUCUGCUUUUCCGUUUAAUAUAAAUCACCCGAAUAGCCGCAGACAUGUCGAAGAAUACCGUGUCCGCACGCUUCAGGCGAGUGGACGUGGACGAAUACGACGAGAACAAAUUUGUGGACGAGGAGGACGGAGGAGAAAAUCAGCUGGGUCCUGACGAGGCAGAGGUGGACUCGCUCAUCAGACAAGGAAAUCUCCUGGAGGCUUUACACGCAGUACUGAAGAACCCACCAAUCAACACAAAGAACCAGAACGUCAAGGACCGUGCGGAGGGUCUGGUGCUGAAGGUGCUCAGCUCCUUCAAGAGUGGUGACAUCGAGAAAGGCGUACAGUCUCUCGACAAAAAUGGCGUGGACCUGCUGAUGAAAUACAUCUACAAAGGCUUCGAGAGGCCGUCAGAAAACAGCAGCGCAGUCCUGCUGCAGUGGCACGAAAAGGCCCUGGCAGCUGGAGGAGUGGGAAGCAUCGUCAGGGUACUGACGGCGAGGAAGACGGUGUAGAAGACGAGCAGCUUACUCCACAUCCCUGACAGAGAGACGGGGCGGUACUCUGUAUUGCUCUGUUUAUGUAACAGAUGGCAUAGGGACUAACAGGAAAACCAGAUUUUUAACCCAAUUACAUGUUUUAAAGCCAAGACUUUGUUUUUUUCUUUUUUUCUUUUUUAAAAAGGAAAUAAAGUACAGUCUGGCUCGUAUUAAGUUAAAAAUGGAUUUUCCUGUGGAGUCCCGUGCAUGGUCAUAGCUUAAAUCGUACUUCUCACAGGGUGCUACAGAUCAUUUUGUACCCAUGUGUCUGCUGAUUCCCCAACCUGUUAACCUUUAUGUCGACAUCAUUCUUGUGCACUGUGUGCCCAGCGGUUCCCAACUUACGAGAGGUAAAUGUUAGUAAAACUGCUCAUAAUCGAAAUGCAUAAAGCAGGGCUGUUGGUCAAAAGCAGCAGAAACCAGAUUGCUCCCUGCUUGUCAGAAAGGCCACCGCUGCGCGCACACGUUCAUAGGAACAAACAUGUUUUUCCAUCCUCCGCCAAAGGUUUCAGGAAUUUUGUCUGUGAGGAAACACUCCGAGUGUUUGGUUUCCAUCAUCAGAGACUUCCUGAUGGAAUAAAAGCCAGGCUCCGCCCCUCUCGCUGUAACACUUGAGCAGCGAGAGCUGCUUGAAAAGCACAGUCACAGACAGAGGGUGGUGGAUUUGCACUGGAGGAGGGGCCGGGGGGGAUUCAUCCAUCUAUCCCCUCGUGCUGCCCCAGUUAAGGAUUAUAUUACCCACAAUGCAUCUCCACCGCCACUCUUUAUUAAUCCCACUUUGCUUGUGACCCCUCUGCUACUGAACAGGGCAUUAAUGUGGCUCUGCUGGUACUGUUCAUCGGAGCGGCUGUUCUCUGGAAAACACGCCACCCAGAGAACGUGCGCUCACGCAGUUUUGUUUUUUUAAAGAACUUUUUCACUAUUUAACAGAAAAACAUUAAUCUAGGAUCAAACAUUAUCCUUUGUUUUCUUAUUGUUCUGAGUGAGGUUAUUUUCGCACCGCUCAGAGUUAAAAACACUGUUCGCAGACCUGACACGCCGAUCGGUAAGAUGUUUCUUCUUUUUUUGUGUGUGAACUGACGGGGAAUGAAUAAUUUAAAAAACAGUAUUUUCAGUAUUCACUUGAACCUUUCAUAUCUUUCAUUUUUUUUUCAUUGUUUUUUUUUUUUAAGAUUUCAGUAACUUUUCUGUUUAUCCUGAGAGUUUGUCUUAUAAUAAGAAAACACAUUUGUUACCACACAGACUGACUUUUCCCACACAUUUUACAUAAUUUUCAUCCGCCUUAUCAGGUAGAUGACAUGUUGCCAAAUGUUUUAUUUUCGCUUUUAUGGAAUAACGUUGCUCACAUCUGUGAUUUAGUUCAGACCUCGUGUGUUUAAAGAGUAAGUGGUAGAUUUUAUUUAAUUUUAUUUUUAAACCACACAGUAUAUAUGAGCAUGAAAGAGACGCGUGUUGCGGUGAACUUGAGCAGCUUGAGCUUUGCUCCGAGUGCAGACGUGAUGAUAGUUCCAGCGUUCGGUUCCUUUCUGCUGGUUUUCAAACACAGAGUUAAAGUUACUCAUAGAUUUUUAUUUAUUUGUUCAUUUUUUUAAAUAUAAAACACAAGUCACUACAGUUGUGUUUUUUUCAUCACCAGUUGAUAUUUAGACAUGGGCUGUCAUGUUUGAAUACUGUCAUCAGCGAUGAUGCAUCCUGACAUCAGACACCUUCUCUAAUGCAGUAAUGACUAGAUUUAAGAGCUUCAUGUAUUUCUAGUCGGCGAUGCUCUUUUGGAUGAGAAGAUGAUGGAGCGCACCAAACUGAUGUACAAACUGCCUUACUCAAAUGUUCCUUUUUUAUGUUUGUGCUUUUGGAAGAAAAAAAACAAUAAAUAAAAUGUGUGAAUGCUGA